AUGAAGCCUCCUCCUUCUAAACCAGUGGCGGCCAUUACUCCUCUCUCUUCUACUGCUCUCACUUCUCCUCCUCCUAAAUCAUCAACUGUUCUCUCUCGUCAAGCCACAGUCCCUCCCAUCAACUUUAAUACAACUUCAUCAAGUACAGGUGCUCAUAAUGCAGUACAGAAUACUGCCCCUCCUCUUCAAUCAUCGACUCCUAAACCACUAGCAAGAUCGUUUUCAUAUUUAUCACCAGCACCACAGUCUCCCCCUCCUCCUCCAUCAUUCCAUCAGACCACACCUCCUUCACCACACCCACCUUUACAGGUGUCCUCGUCUCUGAGUGAGUUACAGUUGAAGAGGCUGAAGGUGAUGGAUGAGAUCUGUGAUAUAUUGAGUGACAUACCAUCAACUAGAAUGACAGAACUGUUUGGACUCUCAGCCUGUUACCUCAAGAAGAAACUGGCAAUGAGGAAGAAACUAUUAGCUCAAGAAAAGGAAUUAAACCAAAAGCUAUCAUCACCAUCAUCUUAUCUUAAUGUUACUACUCCACAAUCAGCUGAUUCAGUUCCACCCACCAAUCAAUUACUAGCCCCGCCCAUUACUAACACCUCACAGUCAAUAGCCACGCCUACAUAUCACACAUCAGGGGCGGAGUCACUUGUUCCCCCACCCACUCAUCAAGAGGUGGAUCCAGUGGAGGAUUGGGAGGAGUUUGAUGAUAUUCCAAUGGACGUGAUACCAGAAGAGGAUCCUGUUGAGAUGAUACAAGAGGAGGAGGAGGAGGAGGUUUGUAUUGAUUUAACUGAUUCACCAUAUCCUGACCCGCCCACUUCAAACACUACAUCAGUUACUCCUUCAUCUUAUAAUCGUCAUCUCAACUUUGAAUCACCGAGUACCUCCACUUCAUUUAAACCUCCAUUUAAUGCCCAGACUAUUCCAUUUAAAGCCCAGGCUAAUUUUCCAAUUAAUGCCUCAUCAACAUCUACUUUUAAUGUACCACCUCCUACUCCAUUUAAUGCCCAACGUCAACCUACAGUGAGUUCUAGUCUCAUAAAACCCUCUAAAGGUUUUGAGACGGUUCCGGACAAUUCCGCCGAGUUUCGUGGCUCUUAUGAUCACGCUCCUCUCCUAAGGAAGGUAUUUCGGGAGAAGUUUGGUCUCCAGGAGUUUCGUCCGAAUCAACUUGAGGCGAUCAAUGCAGCUGUACUUGGUAAGAACUGCUUCAUAUUGAUGCCUACUGGAGGAGGUAAGAGCCUCUGCUAUCAGCUACCAGCACUGCUACUGGAUGGAGUCACUAUUGUAGUCUCACCACUGAGGUCACUGAUACAGGAUCAAGUACAGAAACUGAACAGCUUAGAAAUUUCUGCUUGUCAUUUAUCAGGUGAGUAUUCACAGUCGGAGGAGCUGAGAGUUUAUACUGAGCUGUCUCGACUUGACCCUGGAAUAAAACUACUCUACGUCACACCAGAGAAAUUAGCUGCUAGUACUAAAUUGCUAAAGACCCUCCAGUCUCUUUAUUCUCGUGGUAAGAUCUCACGGUUUGUUAUAGAUGAGGCUCACUGCAUCA